CUCAGGCCCAGCUUUUAUUCGUUCGUCUUCACUUUCACUUCCCUUUGAACGGUCGAUUUUCCCUCCACUCCUCCAGUACUCCGUCGCCUAGUCUUCGUGGCAAACGUACGCCAGGUGUUUGUGAAAAUGCCCCAGAAAAAAUCAUCGAAGAAGGAUAGAACGCCAGCCUAUCCACUCCGAAGAUCUCCAAGAUUUCUCCAAGUUGUGCUCCUAGAUCCUGAAGACCCAAGAACCCCUAAGCCAGAACCACGGAGGACCCGAAUUCCUUCUUCAGCGACUCCUCUCAACUUCACAGAAAAGGUAAAGGUUUCUUCCCGAGGGAGAAGCCUAGGAUCUAAGUCAGAACGAUGUUCACAGAAACUUGGUGAAUCGCUUAAUGCCAGAAAAAGGUCUGAUAAUUCGAAAACUAGGUCUACAAGAUCUAACAGACUGACUCCUUGUGCCGAAGAGUGCACUGAAGAAAAGUCGUCACGUAGUUCAAAACGGAGAAACAGGAAAUUCAAGACGCGAGUAACACGUAGCUCUUCUCAUGGGGAUGUAGAUACAAAUGUUGAGAAGACCAGCUAUGGUGGUUUUACUGGAAAUACAGGCAAUGAUUGUUUAUUAACCCAAGUGGAUACGAAUACAUCUAGAAGAUGUAAGUCUACAUUGCUAAAGAAGAAAGUGAAAACCAGUAAGAAAAAAUGGGAGAAUAAUUCUGACCGAUUUCAAACUUUGGCAUUUGAUGAUAAUCCAAAUGAAGGUGCUUUACUUUUACCAAUCACAGAAAAUCCAACUUUGGAUGAAGAAUUACCUGAAAAAAGUAUAGCUAAAUUGGCAAAUGAAAAUGAAGUUGCCAUUACAACUCCUAGUAUAUCGCAUGAUGAACAACAACCCAUGAACAAGAAAGAUACUAUUAAGAAAAAUCAAAAGAAUAUCGGGGUUAAAAGAAAAAGAAAUCAGCACGAGGGCAUUCCAGUAAUUUCUCAUGGUUGGACCAAAGAUCAAGAAUCAGCAUUGGAAAGAGCUUACCUUAAAGCAAAACCCACCCCACACUUCUGGAAGAAAGUUUCCAAACUGGUGCCUGGAAAAUCUGCACAGGAAUGUUUUGACAAAGUACACGGAAGCCACCUGACACCCCCUCCACCUCGCCUCCGUUCCCGGGCCCGCUUACCAAAUUCACAAGACCCGGUUUUAUCAGCAAGCAAAUUUCUCAGUUCUUCAAGUCCCACAACUAAAAAGCCCAAAUCUUAUAAGCAAAAGAGUCAUGUAAUCCAAAGAAACGUAAGACACAUGUUACAAAAUCAGUAUAAUAAAGGAGAACAAGAUUCAGAAGCUGAUUUGUUCUCAGUUCUUGAGCCCAGUUUCACCGAGUCUUUAACCUCUCUUACGACACCUGUACGCCACCUGGACAUGGAUGUGGCAUUCAAGAGAUCUUCUUCAACAGCUCAUUAUAAAAAGAGUCUUUCAAGAUUUAGUGGUGGUGUAAGUGGAACACUUGUGAGUCCUCCUGUUUUGAAGCAGGUGAAGAAUAAGGCUUUACAUGAAAAGUAUAUUGAUCAGUUGCAUUGUAGGGAGGCUAGUAGGAAGGUGGCUAGUAAAAAGGCUGAAAAGUAUAAUAGCAGAAGUGAAGGGGUGAAAGGGGGAAGUUCUGAAAAGAGAAAGGAUGCGAUUAAAGUUGCUAAAAAUGCAUUGGUUUUUGGUGCUAAAGAUGCUAUUAAUGAGUUUGAGUUUAAACAGGGAAUGGCUUUGAUUGAUAUUUUUGAGGAUGAAUGUAUUGUUGGAGAUGAUGAUGAUGAUGAUGGUGGUCAAGUUUAGGUUUUUUAGGUAACUUUGAGGGUGAUGAAGAGGCUCUUGGAAAUGAAGGUGAAGAAGUUGAGUGUAAUGGAUUGGUGGUGUCUGUUAGCCUUAGGUGAAGAGACUAACUACUAAUAAGUGUAAACAUGUUGUACAUUGAUCAUUGAUCUUGUCUUUCUACCUAGAAAUGUGC